GGGAGGAGAUGCGAGAGUGCACCGGCCGCCUGCACCAUGCGCCCCGCGUCCGCGCUGGCCCUGGCUGCGCUCUGCCUGCUGGCGCUGCCUGCUGCCGCCGCCGCCGCCGCCUACUUCGGCCUGACCGGUCGUGAGGUCCUGACGCCCUUCCCAGGCCUGGGUACGGCAGCAGCCCCAGCACAGGCUGGUGCUCACCUGAAGCAGUGUGACCUACUGAAGCUGUCCAGGCGGCAGAAGCAGCUCUGCAGGCGGGAGCCUGGCCUGGCUGAGACUCUGAGGGAUGCUGCACACCUGGGGCUGCUGGAAUGUCAGUUCCAGUUCAGGCAGGAGCGCUGGAACUGCAGCCUGGAGGGGAGGACUGGCCUGCUCCAGAGAGGCUUUAAGGAGACAGCCUUCCUGUAUGCAGUGUCUGCAGCUGCCCUCACGCAUGCACUGGCCAGGGCCUGCAGUGCUGGGCGCAUGGAGCGCUGCACCUGUGACGACUCCCCAGGCCUGGAGAGCCGGCAGGCCUGGCAGUGGGGGGUGUGUGGUGACAAUCUGAAGUACAGCACAAAGUUCCUCAGCAACUUCCUGGGGCCCAAGAGAGGAAGCAAGGACCUGAGGGCGAGGGCUGACGCCCACAACACCCAUGUGGGCAUCAAGGCUGUGAAGAGCGGCCUGAGAACAACCUGCAAGUGCCAUGGUGUGUCAGGCUCCUGUGCUGUGCGUACCUGUUGGAAGCAGCUCUCCCCGUUUCGCGAGACUGGUCAGGUGCUGAAGCUACGCUAUGACACAGCUGUCAAGGUGUCCAGUGCCACCAACGAGGCCUUGGGUCGUCUGGAGCUAUGGGCCCCCGCUAAGCCAGGUGGUCCCGCCAAGGGCCUAGCUCCUCGUCCGGGGGACCUGGUCUACAUGGAAGAUUCUCCCAGCUUCUGCCGGCCCAGCAAGUACUCUCCGGGCACGGCAGGCAGGGUGUGUUCUCGAGACUCCAGCUGCAGCAGCCUAUGCUGUGGGCGAGGCUAUGACACCCAGAGCCGCAUGGUGGUUUUCUCCUGCCACUGUCAGGUGCAGUGGUGCUGCUACGUGGAGUGCCAGCAGUGUGCACAGCAGGAGCUCGUGUAUACCUGCAAGCGCUAGGCCUCCACAGGAAUCCCGCAGAACAGCGCGCAAGCGCGCACCUGUCGACGCACCUGCGCACCUGCCGUGCGCAAGAGUGUGCGACUCAUCUCUCUUCCCCAACAGAUGGUUGGCCAGCCCUUCUGCCUUCCUCAACACUCAGCAAAGAGAAAGAAAGCCCUGCCUCCUGGUUCCAGGAUCACCAACCUGCUGGAGGACUUGGGGCCGGAGAACAGACUGAGAAGGGGAAUCUUUGAGGACCAGGGUAGGGCAGGAAUGAUGCUGUGAGGGAAGAGAGAAACAUCCUCCUAUCUCAAGGCCAAAAACUGGGAGGAUGGGGAAGAGGGAGCCAGUCGGAGUGUGGGGUCAGGGCAUCCAUCUGGGCGUGGCCGAUCUCUUGUGGUCCCACUCUAAUGGCAGAGAGCUCUGGGUGCUGCAUGCCUACCCUGCUCUUGUGGCUUUGUGCACUGGAGACUGUUCGAAAUGUUUAUUAGGAGCAAGGGAUGCAUUUCAGGCUUGGGUCACAGAGCCCAUGCCCUGAAGUCUUACGUCCUGGCACUCAGGGCUGUCACCUUGUCUCCUUGUCUUGAGAUCCCCUGUCCCCCAAAGUCAUUGAGCUCUGCUCAACGAGACCCCUAAUAUGUAUAGGAAGGGUGCAGGAGCCAGUCUCCUCGGUGAGACUCAGAUAAACGUAACUAGGGUUGAGGUGGGGAGACAGUGACCCUUUCUCUUUCCCUUGGUCCAAGGAACCUUUAAUCACAGCCCAGAGGUGGAGAGAGGCAGGGUUCAUAUGCCUGGAAGAGAUAUGACAGGCUCUGUAUUGAGAUACCACUCUGGAGUGUGUCCUACCAAUUCCUGUGACCAGGGACCCCAAGAACGGAGAGGCCCCCAUCCAUGUUAGUGACACAUAAGAAUGAGUGACUCAUGGGCCACACGUCUGCUUCCACCCCCUGCUCUCAAAGAUGCUUUUACAGGCUUUUUUUUUUUUUUUGCCAUUGCUAAGUCUUUGCCAAGUCUGCCUCCUCAAUGGUCUUACUCAUUUACUAAUGGCCUGUCACUUGGGCUCCCACCAGGGGAACAAAAUGACUGCUGGUGAAUCCUUUGGUCAUUUUUAAUGCCCCCAUCAAGGCCCUCUGUGAGAGGAGAGGAAGUAGUGUACAGGUACAGGCUCACAUGUGCACGCACUCAGCCUGGCCAGGCACAGACAUCCCAAGGAGCGGUGCAGCGUCCCUCCAGCCCAGGGCAAAGACCUCACUGGGGUCACUUCUGGAGGCUGUGAGCUACUCCAGGGCAGGGCCCAAGGCCAACCAGGAGGAAGUGACCUCCUUUGGGAAGCCUUUGGCCAUGUGGCUGGCUGUGCUGCACCCUCCUGUGAGCUUCCUUCCACCCUGAAAUCUGUUGGGGUUACUCUCUCUCUAAGGGAACGGGAAGCUUUGGACUCAGCAGGUACUCGGCACUACCGGCCCUGCCAGCUCCAGGAAAGAGACGCUGUGGCAGAGAGGUCUGUGGGCCAGGAGGGGCUACCCUCUCUUCAGUGCCUCGGGGCAGCAUGCUGGGAAGAUCUUUGAUGGCGGAAAGCCCAGAGGCGGAGCCACUGUGACCUGAGACCCUUCUCUGGGACGACUUUGCUGACUAAAGAAGCCCACCCACCCACAGCUUGGCAGGAGGGAUAACUAGAUUGGGAGCUGCUUUCUACUUCCCUGAUGAAGGCAGAUGUGUUCUUUGGCAACCCAAGGCAUCCUUCUCUAUGACCCUAAUCCUGCUCUGGCUCGAGGGUACAAGGCAAGAAUGGAGCCUGGCAAAACUUGGGGACUAGAACACCCGGACCUACAGCCAAAUCACCUGUACUCUGACUCUAUGGCCAGGAGGGCCAGGGGUGGAGGAGGGUUAAAGAUGAACUUGAAGUUGAGGCUGAGGCUAACCAACCAUUAAGACCGGUGCCUUAAGGCACCCUCAGUCAGGUCCUCUCCCUCCCUUCUCCAUUCUUUCUCCAAGGCCCCGUUCCCCCUAAAAUCCCACCACAGCCAUGCUGGGUCCCCCCACACCCCCACACUGGAACUUUAAGGGAGAUAUUCACAGGGUAUUUCUGCCUACCUCAUACAUGUAACUUUCAAAAAAAAUAAUUUAUAUAGUUAAGAUAUAUGGGAAAGUAUUUAUGUUAUUUAUAUAGCUUCUCUAUUUCCUGGGCACCAUAUGGGGGGUUUGUGUGUUUACCCAGAAGCCUCUGAGGAAACACGGCUGGGACUGCCUGGGGCCUCGAAGAGCUGGAUGCGCAUAGCUGAGAGGUCACAGCUCCUGUGUCUCACUGUCUUGGAGCUCUGGAAGCACAUGUCCCUCCUGAGAUGAACCCUGUGACACCAAGCAGGGCCUUCCUUGUGAAGUCUGUGGAUUCUCUGCCUCUGGCCCCAGAGGCCUUUCUGCUCUGGCGCAAGGGUUUCACUCAUAAAGACAAAAAGGAUGAGCAGCUCUGGAUUUGUAAAGCACUUUCCAUCUUUAGAAACACUCCUCUCUCCUCUCUCCCUCGGUUUCCCCCGGUUCCCUAUGAGGUCAUGCCACUGUUACCACGUCCCAGGCCCAGAGACGGAGGCCUGUGCUCGAAGUCACACAGAAGAGAACAAUGAGUGAAUAUCGACUUGAGCGUGUCCCAGGAGCUGGAGGAGUGGCCCUACCCUCAACCUGAGGGUCAAAGCCAGUCACUCUCGGUGUGAACCCAGAGGUUGAGGAAGAGUGCGGGCUGUGUGGGACGCUGGUCUUCCCCCAUGGAUGGCAUGCUAGUCUCUCCAGCAAGCUGAGUCUCAUGUCCCCAAAGACUGGGACUUCCUGAGAAGCCUGGAGAGACAAGGACUCCGUGGAUGUCACUCUUAGGGAGGGUGUCCUGCAGCCCUCAUUGACCUCCACGACCAGGCUAUGGUCUCCAACCUCCCGCCGCCUGUGGAUAAUUUGUGUUUCUUCGCUUUUGUGUUUUGUCUUUUCAAAGUGACUUGUCCCCACUGGACUUCUAAGUUUCUCUUUGAAAAUCAGUUCACUGGCAAAUGGGACCUGCAUCCUGACCUGGCUGCCUGCAUCGGGAGCGACACCAAACAGAGUGCACGGGGAUCCCCAAUUGGCCCAUUGUCCCCCGGCCCUUCCUUAAGUCACACAAGCUCCCGUGUGACUUUCAUGAGCAUGGAGAACCUGUCUCCUGGUCUUAGAGAAAUCCAGCCAUUCUGCCACCCUCUGUUUGUCUGGCAGACAGAUUACCACACCGAGGCUGUCUUUCUAUCCAAAGCUUCCUCUCUCAACACCCAUAAACGUCCAUGUUUCCUGUUUGAGCACUGAGGAGAACCCCAGUGGAGCUCACUGUUCAGUGCUGGAAUGCCCAUCCCCCCUCCCGUUGAUUAUUUAGGGAGUGUCUGAUAAUGCCAGGGAAUACUCUGGGUGCUAGGGCGCAGAAGUACUUAAGAGCAAGUCCCAGCCUCAGGGGCUUACAUGCUGGCAAGGAGAAA